AUGGUGCUUAAGAAUUCGAAAUGGGACAAGAAGGCAAAGUACAAGUACCUUAAGAAACAUGGGCUAACUAAAUCGGAGACAUGCGAAGGGGACGGUAAACAGGAAUCACAUUGGAGUUCAAAGAAGCCAACUUCCAGUAUUAUUGUGGAAGAGUCGGAUUCAGAUUGGGACUCAGACGAAGAUGAAGCACUCAUUAACCACUUCUACCCAAAUAUGGGCGGUGAAACUGCAUUGACUAUUGAACAGAAGAAGAAGAUCCGAAAACAGAUUCUAGUCCAAUUAGAAGAGGAAGCACAAAAGAGAGAAGACACUAACGACGACGCAAAGGAUGGCUCUAUUGAGGAGCAAGAUCCAGACCAAGAGCAAGAGGAAAGUGAAAUAGAUGGAAUAUACCUCGGCACCAAACCAAGAGUGGAGAAGGAAACCUUGACCUUUGAUCUCAACCAAAUCCUUGAGAAUGCUAAAAGCUCCAAGAGCUCUGGCAAACGUUAUUUCAAGCAAAAAAUGUCAACCAACUUUUUAGAAGAUUAUGGUCUUGGUGACUAUAAGGAAACUGUGGCAAAGCAAGAUGUUGGUUCCUAUAAUACGACGCAUUAUGAGAAGAAAUUAACCCGAAAACUUGAUGAUAUCUCUUUUGAUGAAUUGGAAGGUUUUGAAAUAGGUAAAUCAGUUCUUGGAGAAUCUCAGGCGACAAGGAAGCCCCAAAUCCAGACAUUAACCGAGGAAGAUAUGGAACAAGAGAAAAGACGACAACACCUCGUGAAUGAUAACAAACUAUACACCACGUUGAGAAAUAAAUAUUCUACUACUAAUCAACAAAAGAAGAGCAAAGUAUUAGAAAUCAACAAUUUGAACUCAAAAGAUUCUAGUCAGCUUGAUAGUUUAAACAGCAGAAUCAUCAAAUCACAAAACGACCCUCAGGUUAGGAUGGGUGAAAUAGACGAUCACUUAUCAGAGCUUCUUGGAGAAGUAGCAUUAGCUGAAGACAGGGCUCCCAUUUCUAAUGGUGAUCCUUUGGAUGAGAUAUUGAAAGCAUCUAAGCUGAUACCGAGAUCUGAAAACAAGAAGACCACUUCUCAAAUGUCAGGUAUUCGUAUAUCCCCAACGCUGUCCCAAUCAAAUGCAGAGCAUGACGCGUUUCUUGACGACUUGCUAGGAUAG